AUGGCCAACAACAACAAAGCGCUCACCUUCUCCAUCGAACGGAUCAUGGCGGACACUUCGGACGCGGCCUCGAAGCUGCCCGCGGGGCCCCUGGCGCCACCCUUGCCCUGCGCCUUCCCCGCGGGGUGCGCCGCCUGCCCCGACCUGUGGAAGUACGCGGCGCCGGGCGAGCCCCGCGGGGCCACGCGGGGCUCGCCUCGGCUCCACGGCAGCGCCGCUCGCAGCGGCCGACGCCACCAGAGCCUUGGAGAGGAGAUCCAGACUGGAGGCGACAAGGCGCAGGCCCCCCCCGGAUGCGAGUCGCUGUCGUGCGGGCCGCAGUCCCGGGGCGGGGGGCCCGGGAAGAGGCUCGCGUCUGGGGGGGCAUUCGCCGGCGGCGGCGGCGGCGUCGUCGUCAGAAGCGUCUCGGGCAAGACGGAGUGUGGCAAGCCGAGCGGCGACAGGAACAAGCUGUUCGCGUGUGACCUCUGCGGCAAGGUGUUCAGCGCGCAGUACAACCUCACGAGGCACAUGCCCGUGCACACGGGCGCGCGCCCCUUCGUGUGCAAGGUGUGCGGCAAGGGCUUCCGCCAGGCGAGCACGCUGUGCCGACACAAGAUCAUCCACACACAGGAAAAGCCACACAAGUGUCAGCACUGCGGCAAGGCCUUCAACAGGAGCUCCACGCUCAACACGCACAUCCGCAUCCACUCGGGGUACAAGCCCUUCGUGUGCGAGUUCUGCGGAAAGGGCUUCCAUCAGAAAGGCAACUACAAGAACCACAAGCUGACGCACAGCGGCGACAAGCAGUUCAAGUGCAAGGUGUGCAGCAAGGCGUUCCACCAGGUGUACAACCUCACGUUCCACAUGCACACGCACACGGAGACCAAGCCCUUCACGUGCUCCUUCUGCGGCAAGGGCUUCUGUCGCAACUUCGACCUGAAGAAGCACGUGCGGAAGCUGCACGAUAGCACGUCGCACGCGCUCGCCACCAUCGCCGCCGCCGCCGUCGCCGUCACGCCCGAGGAGCAGGACGAUUCAUCAGAAUAAUCCGAAUCUUUAUUUAGACGCUCGUCCAAUGACGCGCACUUCCUCUUACAAAUCAUCACCGCCUCGAGCUUUCCCGGCUGGCUGCUGGCUGGGCUCUUGUCCAUCCCAACACUCACUCGGUGGUUCGGGGCUGCUGCGAGCCGAAAGGGGUAACUGGCUGAACUGGAGACUUUUUUGAAACGUAUUCUUCCGUGCGACAAAUAAACAUUGAGUUGAAACGGUGGAGGAAGAUGCUCGGAGGACUUCUAAUGGAUCGCGACACCCACGAGGUGUGAGUAACGAAGACAGGAGACGGACGUGGUUAAUUUAAACUUGCUCUAACUUUUCUAACUCCUAUUUGUGUAAUAAUUUCGCCAGAUUAUUCUAAGAAAUCACCGAGAAUGUGGAAAACCCCCCCCCCCAUCACAAUACAUAUUAUCUUACCAUUGUACUACACUAGUAGAUACUUUGAGCGCUCCGAGUACAUGAUUGUGAGAAGAGUGUGAAGACAACAACGGUGGCUCUCAAAACACCAAUAAACUUAGUUAUCCAUAAUACAGAUUUUUGGGGUUGGAUCGCGUAAAUAUAUAAAUGUGUCAUUAAACCCUCCACCACCCGGCACAGCCAACUAGUAAGGGUUGUCACGUAAACAGAACGUGCCAAUUCGUCACUAGUACAGCACUAGUGUAUAGUGUAGUGUAUAGUGUAGUGUAUAGUAGUGUAUAGUGUAGUAUACUAGUACAGCAUUA